AUGGCCUCUUUCCUCCGCCGUCUUCUCCCUAGACAAGUCGCAAAUUCAGGAUCUCAACAGCGCGACCACCACGCCAACGAGCGUACUUUUCUCUCAUGGACCCGAGCAGGUCUUGGCUUCGGCCUCAUGGCCCUCGCGCUAGACCGCCUCGAGGCCGUCGACCAUCUCCUCCACAAGCAACUCGCGCUCGCGGGCAAGGAGCCGCAGACCUCAGCGACCGCGAAGCGGGGAGAAAGCCCUGAGAUCCUCAUCAUGCUGAAGGAGCAUGUCACCGCGUCGAGAAUUUGUCAGUCUUUGGGUGCUUGGUGUUUGGGGUAUGGGUUUUUCCGCUACUGGUCUAUACGCCGGUAUUUGAUGGUCGGUCAAUUUGUGCCGGCUAUUUGGGGCCCGGUCUUUAUGGCGGUGGGAAGUUUUGGGACUUUGGUGACGCUGGGAACGCAGAUUAAGCUCAAGGUUCCUGCGGAGCAUUGA